AUGACUCUUGGUGAAAAAAAUCCAAACAAGAAUAACAAAACCAUCUUACUUGUUGGUGAAACAGGAACAGGAAAAUCUACUCUGAUCAACGCUCUGGUCAACUACGCCAUGGGAGUGAAGUGGAAAGAUGAUGUCUGGUUUAAGAUCGUAGAGGAGGAGACGAAAAGUCAAUCAGAAAGUCAGACAUCAGAUGUGAUCGUGUACCAGAUCUUUGGUUUUGAAGAUAAAACUCUGCCCUACUCUCUGACCAUCAUUGAUACUCCUGGAUACGGAGACACCAGAGGGAUCGAACAUGACAUGAACAUCAUGGAAAGAUUAUUUUACUUGUUCCGCUCAGAGGAUGGAGUUCAUGAGAUUAAUGCAGUGGGCCUGGUGCUGACAGGGAGUGUGAAUCGACUGAGUGACCGUCAGAGGUACAUCUUUGAUUCAGUGGCGUCUCUGUUUGGAAAAGACAUGGAGAAGAACAUUGUCGCUCUCAUCACACACUCAAAUGGAAGAACACCCAAAAAUGCUCUGCAAGCUCUUGAGACUGCGAAGAUUAAAUGUGCAAGAGAUGAGAAAAAUCAACCUGUUUGCUUCCUGUUUGAUAACUGCCAACAUGAAGACAGGACAGAGGAUGCAGAAGCCCUCAAACAUGCAGAUAAAAUAUCAAUGAAAGGAAUGAAUCAGUUCAGAAACUUUCUGGUAAAAACUGAACCUCAGAGGUUGGAGACAACCUUAAAUGUCCUGAACGAGCGAAUCAGACUGACAGCCUGCAUCCAAAACCUGCAAGACAGAAUUGAGUUGAUUGAUCUAAAGCAAACAGAGAUCCAACAGACUCAGGAUGGUCUGAAGAUGUAUAAACGAGAGAUGAAGAACAAUGAGAAGUUCACUGUAGAAGUUGAUGUGCCCUACAAAGAUAAAGAACCUAUCGAUGGUGGGAAGUGGGGGUUGGUGUUCUAUGAAGCAGCAACCUGCUGUACUGUCUGUGAGGAGAACUGUCACUAUCCUGGAUGCACAAUGGCCCCGAAACCAGGACACUGUGAGGUCAUGAAAGGUGGCCGCUGCACAUCAUGUUCCGGGAAGUGUCCUGUAUCAGCUCAUGUGAAAGAAAACUGGAAGUAUGUGAACAAGACAAUGAAAGUUCAAAAAACUCUAAAAGAUGUGAAAGCAAAGUAUGAAAUGAAUAAAAAAGAGACUGAGAAGCAAGGGAAUCUUUUGGAAAGUCUUCAGAAGGAGAAGGAAACCCUUGAAGCAAACAAAACACGUUUGCUGGAUGAAGCCUACCAUCAUGUUGUCAAACUGGAGGAGAUUGCCCUGAAUGUCGUUUCACUGUCUACUUAUGUCCACCUGGACUUCCUGAUUAAGGAGAUGGAGAAAAAAAACGACACAGAGAAGGUAUUUAUGGAUGACGGCGAGGUGUGA